ACGAAGAAGAGGAGACAAGUGGAGCUGCUGUUGCAGAGACCAGCACCACCCAUGGGGAGAGCUGCCCAGCAAACCCUCCUCGCCUUACUCUGUCUAGCAACUGUGGUUUGUCAGGCUCAGGACACCUGCCCAGACGUGAAAAUAGUGGGUCUCAGUGGCUCAGAGAAGCUCGCUGUUCUCCAAGGCUGUCCUGGGAUUCCUGGUGCCAUGGGGCCCAAAGGUGACCCUGGAGUUGCAGGAAUGAGAGGAGAACGGGGAGCUCCAGGGAUCCCUGGAAAGAUGGGACCAGCAGGCAAGAAAGGAGAGAAAGGAGAGCCUGGAGAACCAGAAACAACAGGACCCAGAAACUGCAAGGAGCUGUUAGCCAAAGGGAGAACGCUGAGCGGCUGGUACACCAUUUACCCAAGAGUUGCUGGUGAUUCCAUCACUGUCUUCUGUGACAUGGAUACAGAUGGUGGAGGCUGGAUUGUUUUCCAGAGACGCAUAGAUGGUUCGGUGGAUUUUUUCCGUGACUGGAAUUCCUACAAGAAGGGGUUUGGGAACCAGCUGACGGAAUUCUGGCUGGGGAAUGACAAUAUCCACCUGUUAACAUCCUUUGAAACUUGUGAACUUCGUGUCGAUCUGAGUGACAUAGAAAACAAAAAAUCCUUUGCCCACUACGAGACCUUCAGCAUUUCAGGACAAUCUGACAAAUACAGACUGAACCUAGGAAAAUUUCUUAGAGGCACUGCAGGCGAUUCCUUGUCUGGCCAUAGAAAUAUGAUGUUUACAACCAAAGACAACGACAAUGAUAUGCUUUCGGGGAACUGUGCUCUGGAGUUCAAGGGAGGCUGGUGGUACAACAAGUGUCACGGUUCCAAUCUGAAUGGACUGUACCUGCUGGGGCCCCAUGAGAGCUACGCAGAUGGUGUCAUUUGGGCAACAGGCAAAGGGGCUCGCUACUCCUACAAAGUCUCAGAGAUGAAGUUCAGGCCGGUUUAGCACAAGGAAAGUGCAGCAGGAGGUCGCUCUCCAGCAACGUAUGGGAAUGGACCCUCAAAGAUCAUGAGCCUGGAGAAAGCAAUAUAUUUGCACCUUGCUAAUUUACACCAAGGAUAUUUACACCAUGUAUCAUUUACGCCAAGGUUAUUAAGCUCUCCCCACUUCCUAGCAAAGAGUGAACACCAGGCACCAAUGAAGUCACUGGAGAUUUUACCAUUGAUUUCAGUGGGACCAGGAUGGCACCCAGAGCUCUGUAGUGAAGUCUUAGAUUUCUCUCUGCAAUAGUGCUAUGUGAUACUAUGAAGCAUAAUCCUCACUGGUUAAAAGAAAACUGCCUAUGUCACCAUAAAUUAAUAAAGUAGGUUUAAUCAGCCAUGUGAAGUACAUUUUGUGUGGCAUGA